AUGAAUCUUUUAGUAACUACGUUUGUAUUUGCAAUUCUCUGUUGUUCAUCCCUAGUUCAAUCUCAAACACUCACCAAUUCAACCUCUUGUCCCAUAAACUACGACUACGUGCGCCGGAUUCAAUGGCCGACCGUCGACUGCCGUCAUUCCCGUGAUCCAACCAAAACCGUCACCAAUUCCACCACUUGUUGUCAAACCUUGCUUAGCGUCUUCGGCAUCGGCUUAGCUCAACACCUGAAAGAAUCAUCUCUAUUUAAACUCCCAGAUCUUGCUACAUCCUCGUCUUGUCUCUCCGAUUUUCAAAUGAAACUCAACUCACUUUCCCUCCCCAAUAACCUCGCUUCCUUUUGUUUUGACCCUAUGCAGUUUGUCAUUUCGUCGAACACCUGUGCUGCAAUUCAGAACCUCCAAGAUUGGCGCCGCAAGUUGGGGAAUAAAACGGUUCUUGAUUCGUCGUGUCAAAAUGAUCUCUCUGAUCUUACUUCGUGUGAUGAUUGUGUUGCUGCUGGGUUAGCGGUUCACAAACAACUAAAUUCUAUGGAUGGUAAUUCUUCUCAUUCAAGCGACUGUUUUUACUUCGUUGUUCUUUAUGCUGCUGGUAUUGUCAAUGAGCUCGGACCUCAAAGUACUGGUGCUGUAGCUUGUACUUUCGGGAUUAACUUCUUACCCAAAUCCCAUAAAAAUACUCGUUCUUCUUUGAUAUAUGGAUUGGUUGGAGCACUUGUUGCUGUUGUAGUAAUGUCUUGUUUCGUGGGGUUAUACUUGUGGUGGGAUAGAAAGAGGAAAAGGGAAAACACCGAUGAAUCAGGCACAGAUGAAUUCGAAUCGACUCGGCCAAGAAGACGACCAAACACUGGUUCUAUAUGGUUCAAGUUUCACGACCUUGAAAAGGCAACCGAUAACUUCUCCUCAAGCAAUUUCAUCGGUAGAGGUGGAUUUGGGGUUGUUUAUAAAGGUGUUCUCUCCGAUGGGUCUGUUGUCGCUGUCAAAAAGAUAAUCGAUUCAGAGUUUGAAGGCAACGAUGACUUCUGUAACGAAGUUGAAAUCAUUAGCAAAUUAAGGCAUCGAAACCUUGUCCCACUUAUCGGGUGUUGUAUCCAUGGCGAAGAUGAAGAUUACGAGAGGAGAGAUGAUCAAAGAUUCCUUCUUUACCAAUACAUGUCAAAUGGUAACCUUGAGGACCAUUUAUUCCCAUCCAUGAGUCGAAAACCUAAACUGACAUGGCCUCAAAGAAAGAGUAUAAUCCUAGAUGUAGCGAAAGGGUUAGCUUAUCUUCACUAUGGAGUAAAACCUGCAAUUUAUCAUCGAGACAUCAAAGCUACAAAUAUACUUCUGGAUUCAAACAUGAGAGCUCGAGUAGCAGAUUUCGGAUUAGCCAAGCAAAGUAGAGAAGGACAAUCUCAUCUAACCACCAGAGUCGCCGGAACCCAUGGCUAUUUAGCGCCGGAAUAUGCUCUAUACGGCCAACUAACGGAAAAAGGCGACGUAUACAGUUUUGGGGUUGUGAUUUUGGAGAUUAUGUGUGGGAGAAAAGCUCUGGAUUUAUCUUGUUCAGAUUCGCGUGGUUUCUUGAUUACUGAUUGGGCUUGGUCGCUUAUAAAAGAAGGGAAAUUAGGGCAUGUUUUGGAUCCUUCGUUGUUGGGAGAAGGUGAAAAUUCGGAGACUAUGAACCCUAGAGGGAUAAUGGAGAGAUUUGUGCUUGUGGGAAUUUUGUGUGCUCAUGUAAUGGUGGCUUUAAGGCCUACGAUUAUGGAUGUAUUGAAGAUGUUGGAAGGAGACGUUGAAGUGCCGGUGAUUCCUGAUAGGCCAACGCCUCUUGGCCACCCUACUUUCACCGGAGAUGGAAAAUCUUUUAAUAUUUCGCCGGUGUUGAGUGGGCUGCAAUUGCAGGCCACCGACAUGCUCAGGUAG